CCGGUUUUGACACUUGGCAGAUGGUGCAUCGGUUUUUGUUGUGAUUCGCGCUGCAACAGAAAAGUUUUCUAAAAUUGUUGUAAAUUGUAUUUAAAACGCACAAAUCAAACUGGUAGGGAGUGGCCGCACGAUUGCAGCCAGCUUCCGCAAUGGGAAGCGAAAUGAAAACAUCGAAAGCGGAGCAAUUUAUCCAGAGUUUGAACGCCAGCAACGCAAAGAAACUCGCCUUUCUUAUGGUUCUAGGGUUCACCAUUUACCACGGCUUGCUGCAUCUGAGAUAUGGUAGUGAUUCCUGUAAGUGGCUUUUGAGCGACGGCCGCUUCAAAGGGGAUAAAGAAUGGCAACCUUUCGGGUGCAUGCUGCAUAAGUAUACGGAAACAGACACCAGAAAAUGCUUCCGAUAUUUGGCAUUUUGGGGCAACCAGAACCAUUUUGUGUUUAUCGGCGACGUACGUGUGCGAUCUCUCUACCUGGAGAUGAUUAAUCACCUGAAGCCCAGGGAUGCGGACAACGCUUCCAUACAGUCAACGCAGAGUAAAACGGAAAAUCUUCAAUUUGUGGACUACAAGCUGCGGUUGCACAUCAACUACAUUUACGCCAAUGAAGUUUCCAAAACAAUGAUCGAUGAGUUUCUUAAGUGGCAGCACGAGGAUGAUCCGCCCAGUUUGAUCGUGGCCAGUUGCGCCUAUUCAACAUUCCAUAAUGGCAAUGUUACCAAAGAGGUGCAGAAAGCCUUUGAAAAGAACUUGACCAGAAUGGUGAAACCAAUCGAUAGUUUGGUGGCGAAAAAAUCCAAAGUAAUUUGGAAACUGCAGGACCCGAUCGAUCAGGAUCGACUUAAUGACGAAUGGAAGAACGUACAAAACGAGGAUAUCGAUCGCAUCAAUCAAGUAGUUUACGAUAUCUUGAGCUAUUCGGAUGCCAAAAUUUGGUCUUCGUCGAAGAUGAUUGCCUCCGGACUGGUGGACGAGUUCGUUGAUGGCAACAAACUCGGUGUGCUGGCCCUGAAGCACGAUAUACAAAUCUUGUUGAACAUGUAUUGCAACGAUUACAUGAACUAUAAUGAUGGAACGUGCUGCAGUAGUGCUGAAACGUAUACCAUCAUCCAAGUGGUAACGUACGCUACCCUAGGAGUGUGCUUGACGAUUGCUUCCGCAAUGAUCGUCCGGCGCUGGUUGCUGAAACUUCGAGGCGUAAACAUCUACGUACCGCUGAGCCAAACGGCUACCGGCACCUCGCCUGCUGCAGCGGAUUCGCAAUCCCCGAUCAUUGCCCUGGCAUCGCUGGCCAUCAUUAUGGCAUACUUCUACCUGUGUGAUCGUACCAAUUUUUUUAUGAAGGAGAACAAAUACUACUCCGAAUUCAGCUUCUGGAUUCCAGUUGGGUAUGUGUUUGUGCUGGGACUUUUCUUCACCGAAGAUAGCAAGUUUACCAAGGUUCUGCACCGUGACCAAACCGACGAACUGAAAGGUUGGAUGCAGCUGGUUAUUUUGAUAUACUACAUGACGGGAGCUUCGCACGUGCUUCCUAUUUACAUGCAUAUAAAGGUGCUCAUCAGUGGGUAUCUAUUUCUCUCCGGAUAUAGUCACUUUACAUAUUGUUGGCAAACGGGAAAUAGCGGACUAGUACGAUUCCUGCAAGUUAUGUUUAAGAUCAAUUUCCUGACAGUUAUUCUCUGUUUAUGUAUGAACCGUCCAUAUCAAUUCUAUUUCUUUGUACCAUUGUUAUCGUUUUGGUAUUGCAUGGUAUACUUCAUGUUGUCAAUUCCACCAAGAAUCACUGCCCAGAGUUCGGAGAACAACGCGUAUCAAUAUCUGUACGUAGUAUUGAAGUUUGUCUGCAUGCUGAGCGUUAUAACAGUGCUCUACAUGAGUGAAGUAUUUUUUGAGCGGAUCUUUGUGACCCGGCCGUGGAAGGCGCUGUUUGUAACAACGGAUGACGAUAUUCAUGAAUGGUGGUACCGUUGGAAACUUGACCGUUAUACAAUCACAUACGGAAUGAUAUUUGCUGCCAUUUUUCAUAUCGCCCAGCGGUAUUACUUUUUCGACGAUAAUAACCAUGGGAAUCUGUUCUCCAGACGAAUAUCCUUGACAUCGACUCUAGCAGCUAUCGCCGGAAUAGGCUUCUACACGACGUGGACAUUUUUCUGUCGAAACAAACAAGACUGUGAAGAAAUACACUCGUACGUAGUGUUCAUCCCAAUUGUCGGAUACAUAUUGCUGCGUAACAUUUCCGGCAUGCUUCGAACGCGCUAUUCAACGUUUUUCGCUUGGUUUGGACGUAUUUCGCUAGAAUUGUUUAUCUGCCAGUAUCACAUUUGGCUGGCAGCGGAUCGAAACGGUGUUCUGGUGCUUCUGCCAGGAUUCCCCACUCUUAACGUUUUGAUAACGUCAUUCAUAUUUGUAUGUGUAUCUCAUGAAAUUCAUCGUCUCACUACCGUUCUAUUGCCCUAUAUAGUACCAAACGACUGGAAACUGGCGCUACGCAAUAUGCUGAUUUUUAUUGUUGUACUUAUCCCUAUUGGGCGCUAUGACGGAAUGAUUUAAAGAACCUAAAACAUUGAUUGUGCAUUACAUAAAAAAUUUGAACUCAAGAUCUUUUUAUGUUUAAUCUUAAGCUUAGUCAACCAAAUUAAAAUUAUCAGUCGAUACUAAAUAAUAAAAAUAGUAAAAAGCAAAAAAAAAAAA